CGCUUUCUGCGGUUGCUUCAUUUUGUUGGAGGAAAAAGUUUUUGUUAAAAGUAACAUUAGAGUGCAAAUUCAGUUUAAACAUUCACUUCGUUUGAUCAAGUACACAAUCUAUAGAAGAGCCCGCCAUGACUGCCAAUUCAGCCGAUAGUGUUUUCGUUGCCCGUUCAGAGGGUAUUUCUGCCGAAGGUGUCCGUGAUCAGUAUGCUGAUGGUAAAGCCGCCAAAGUUUGGGAAAUUUUCAUUGGUGACAAAAAUUCCCGUACCGAUAAUUACAAACAGUUUUUGAUCAAUUUAUUGAAGUCUAAGAAUUGUAAACGUAUUUUGGAUGUAGCCUGUGGUACUGGUGUUGACUCCAUUAUGCUAUUGGAGGAAGGCUUUGAAGUUGUUUCGGUAGAUGCCUCUGACAAAAUGUUGAAAUAUGCUUUGAAGGAACGCUGGAACCGUCGUAAGGAAGCCGCCUUCGAUAAGUGGAUUAUUGAAGAAGCCAAUUGGUUGACUCUCUAUGACGAAAUCAAGGAUAUUGUUCAGACUGGCUUCGAUGCUGUCGUUUGCUUGGGCAACUCAUUCGCCCAUUUAAUGGACUCAUCUCCCCAGCAAGUGUUGCAUAAACAAGCCAUUAAAAACUUUGAAAAGUGCUUGAAACCCGGUGGUAUGCUUUUGAUUGAUCACCGUAAUUAUGAUAACAUUUUGGAAACCGGUUCAACCCCCGCUAAGAGUAUUUAUUAUAAUACAAGCCAUACCGCUGAUAUUAAGACUUCCGUAUUAUUCUAUUGCGGCAAACCAGCUAUGGUUACCAUGGACUAUUUGAUUGCUGCCAACAAUUUGAGCAGUGAAUUCCGUUUGUCCUACUAUCCUCAUGAAUUGAAAAAAUUCACUGAAAUCCUUAAGGAAAUUUUUGGUGCCCAUGCGGAACAUCAAUUGUUUGGGGAUUUCAAAGAUCUUAGUGUUGUUAAAAAUCCCGCCUUUUAUAUUCAUUUAAUUGAAAAGAAUUUAAAUUAGAUUUAGUUUAUAGUUUAUUUAAGUAAUCUCAAAGUCAAAAUAAGUAGAUAAAUAUGUUAAAUUAAAUAAAUUGUUGUUAUUUUAAAUAUGUA